AUGUACUUCACCGACGAGCAACUCGAGAACGACCCAGAGUUGCGUCCCAGAACCUGGCGCUCAGACACCGCCUUCCAACAAGAGCGUCUCGUUCUCUUCAACCGCCUGGCCGACAUCUUGCACUCCCAAGCCGAUGUCCCACCUCCUGCAUCCGACGAACCAUCUCCGGCCUCACCAACUUCAACAACCGUCGCUGUCGAUCCCGACAAGACUCCUCGUUCUACUUCAUCCAUCUUCUCUUCGACUCUGGCGUCCAGCAUCACCUCGCCCACUCGCUCAGUCUCCUUCUUCUCACUGCCCUUUGGCUCUUCUUCUCGUCUCUCGGUUGCUGGAUCUGGUCCUGUGCCUCACACACCCAUCGUCUUCAACUCGCCCCAAACCAGCACUUUCAGCUUCGAGACUGCCAAUCCUAGUCCUGUGAAAGUCGACUCGGUGAUGGGCAGCCCUAUCAAAUUCCGCAGCCCCAGCAUCUUCAGUCGCAAGCACAAGAAGAACCACAGCGCUUCCAGUAUCACCAGAACCACUAGUACCACUAGUUCCAUCAGUAUCAAGGAAGGAAAGAUCUUCGAUUACAUCAAAGCUGCAACCAUCAAGAAGAGUGCCAAAAAGGCUGGAAGCAACAAGAGCAACGCCUCUGACGACAACAAGAGUAUCGACACAGACAAAUCAAACGACGAAAGCACUGUCAAGGAUUUUGACAAAGUCGACAGCAACAGUGGUUUGGACAGUAAGGGCAAGGAGUAUGUUGUCGAGUGUCUUGGUUUCGGGGAUAUUGGUGAUCCUCAGCCUAUUGAGCAUCAGUAUCGCUUCGUCAAGGCUCAGAUCAAAAAAAUCAAAGAAAGGGUUCUUGGUCAGAAGGUUACAACGACCAAGUCGUGA